AUGGUCUACGAUUCGUUGACUGAUCCCCCUCACAACCUCAAGGAGUGCAUUGACUGGUUGAUAGCCGUGAGGGGAGACGAUGGUAAAAAGAACGUGGUGGCUUUAGGUGAGGCGGUUCACAAAUUUCUCGCAGACAAGCCUGUGGGCAAGAUGGAGGUGCCAGCUCUCGAAGAAGUUAAACUUAUUACCAAAGAGUUCCUGGAGAAACCUGAGCUUCAGAACCGGCGGGCCGUGAGAGCGAUACUGAGGAGAUUCAAUAAGCCUAUGAGAAAAGUAGGCUUUUGCCACAGGUUGUUUGGGCGCAUCGUAGACAGCGAUUACGAGAACGUCAUAGAGACAAAGGGUCUCACUGCUGAAAACAUCGCGGAGAACAUAGGUGAGAUUGUGGAAGGAUGUAAGACGUUUUUGGAUCAUAUCAAAAUCCCCGACCAGUAUAAGUCUGCUUACGGUCCAGAAGCGACGUGGGACGCAUCAUGUUCGGAAAAGCCGGAAGCUUGCGCGGUCAUUUUCGUGGGGAUCGCACCAAUGUUAUACGCAGGCAUCCAAAGUUUGUGGAAAAUCUGUACAGCACGCGUGUUUAAAGCGUCAAACUUUGAGGCAGAAAAGCAUAUGCCAAAGGUGUUGAAAGCCUUGGGUUACGCGACGCCGGAAUUCCCACCUGAUCUGAAUGUUUUAAAUGUAACCUGUGCGUUGUUAGGUUUUAAUAGACACAUGGUUACCAACAUAUACGACCUCGCUGGGUUCUGGGCAUUCUACUGA